CUCGCGCUCAUCCCAAACGCCUGUUAAUAACAAUAACGCCGCGAUUAUAAUUCUCGCCACAUAAUGAAAACAGCGAGCAAGGACCACGAAAGAGAAGAGGCUACAUCCGAUUAAUAACGUCCCGUUGCGCUUAUUUUUUUUUUUUUAUGUUUUUCCUGAAGGGAUGCAAAAAAAGAUCAUCGGAGCUCAUGCAUUUUUGUGUUUGAUUGCGGGAUAUUUUCAUGCGUUUUUAAGCCCGCUGAAGUGCGCGUUUAGUCCCGGCGCUGCCCCGCGGCGAUGAGCGGCUUGGCAGGGACCGUUCCCAGGAUGAUGCGUCCUCCUCUCUCCCAGAACUAUCCCCGCAGCGGCUUCCCAAUGGAGGUUUCAACUCCGAUGGGUCAGGGUCGAGUCAACCAGCUCGGAGGAGUUUUCAUCAACGGCCGGCCUCUACCGAACCACAUUCGACACAAGAUAGUGGAGAUGGCCCAUCACGGGAUCCGGCCGUGCGUGAUAUCCCGCCAGCUCCGGGUCUCUCACGGCUGCGUCUCCAAAAUCCUGUGCCGCUAUCAGGAGACGGGGUCCAUCCGGCCUGGAGCCAUCGGCGGCGCUAAAUCCAAGACUUCGUCUGUGGACGUGGAGAAGCGCGUUGAGGAAUACAAACGGGAAAACCCCGGUAUAUUCAGUUGGGAAAUUCGGGAUAAAUUGCUCAAAGAGGGAAUUUGUGACCGGAACAGCGCGCCCUCAGUGAGCGCUAUAAGCCGCAUCAUGAGAGGAAGAUACGGCGCAAGAGGUGAGGAGGAGGAGGAGGAGGAAGAUGAAGAGGACAUCGAAAAGCGCGAGCAGGAAGAACACGCCUGCAGCAGCGGACACAGCAUCGAGGGGAUCCUCGCAGACAGAUCGAGUCCAUCUGAUGAAGGUUCAGAUGUGGAAUCGGAGCCCGAUCUGCCUCUGAAACGGAAACAGCGUCGCAGUCGGACGACAUUCACGGCCGAACAGCUGGAGGAGCUGGAGAGAGCUUUCGAACGCACGCAUUACCCUGACAUCUACACCAGAGAAGAGCUCGCUCAGAGAGCCAAGCUCACAGAGGCACGCGUGCCGGUGUGGUUCAGCAACAGACGAGCUCGAUGGAGGAAGCAGGCAGGAGCCAAUCAGCUCAUAGCGUUCAAUCACCUGAUCCCCGGUGGUUUUUCACAUCCGGCGGUGUCCAGUCUCUCCCCCUAUCAGCUGUCAGAGAGCCCGUACCCGCCCACCGGUCUUUCUCAAGAUUCGAGUGCUGUACACAGACCUCAGCCGCUGCCGCCGCCCACGGCCCAUCAGAGCGCUGGAGGGGCGGGGCUAGCGGGCGGGGCUUCGUACUGUCUCUCCAGUCGCCAUGGUUACGCAGGAUAUUCAGAUACAUUUGGACCUCAUAACAGUCACGCCAGCUCUACCAUCAAUAAUGGACUGUCUUCUCAGGUUAUGGGACUCAUAAGCCCAGCUGGAGUUCCUCAUCAGACUCCGGCUGAGUUUUCUCUGUCGUCUCUCAGCGGUGCUCUGGAUUCGAGUGGACCGGUCAGCAGCAGCUGCUCUCAGCGUGUGGAGCCCUUGUCCAGUCUACCUGCCCUGUCCGGCCUGCCCAGUCCUCAGCCCUACGCCCCGGCCUCCUUCUACAGCGUGGAGCACAGCGCCCCCUACCAGUACGGCCAGUACGGACAAAAUGCUUCUUUCGACCCCUCUGUCUUCCCCAGUAAACGCCAACCUUCAAACAGCGUCCUCUCCUUCACCCCGCUCUGUCAUCUGAGGGGUCAGAGGUCAAAGUUCACAGCUAUAAAAGAGUCGAUGGAGAUGGACAUCCAUGAAUGUGAAAAAUGCUAUCACCGAUGAAACAAACGCACUUUACCAAGGUACGGAGCUCAUCGCCGCGGGAACCAAAAAGGUGGUAAUCAGUAAAAAGAAGCAGUACAACAUGCAUUCAGAGUCUAUGCUGCUGAAUCCUGCUGAUAACUCGCCCAUGACCAAACUUUUGAAUAAAAGAAAGGACGGCUGCUCUGUUUUCUACUCCUUCGAGUCUCCUUGUGUCGACACGUGUCUGAAUGAGGAAAGGAGUCACAGCAUUUUGAAGGCCCUGGAGAACUGGAAAGAGCACGGCGGGGUUAAAGCUUUCGUCUUCAAGAACUUCUGGAAGUUCGACGCUGAAAAAGAUCUUCAGACCAAAUUGAAGAAGAUUGCGGCUCAUGUUCCCCUCUACCGCUGUGAGAGUAAUCAGUGUUACACGUGUAAAGGAGAAGGGAACAGGCCCAUAGAUCGGCCUUCAAAACAGAUCAAAGAUGAAUUGUAAUGAAUUCUCUAUUAGGGUCUGCUAUCUAAAUACCACGGAAAUGCAUUUAAAAAUGAAUCUUGAUUCUUACUGAAACAAAUGCAAUACUUCCACUUGGCAAACAUUUGAUUUGACUUUUUUUUAAAUUAAAAAUGGUGACAUUUUGGUCAACUUCAAGAUCUUAAAAAUGCGAAAAGCUUAACAGUUUUCUUCUAAACUUGGCUUUUUGGGGGAUUUUGUGUCCGUGCCUUUUACUUUCACCCAUUAUUUGAGAUCAGGAUAUCGAGUGAGUUUUUCUAUUUUUUUCAAAAGGGGCUGGUCCAGUCUCAGAAUAAAUAGGAUGAGUUUCUCCUUCCUUUCUUAUCACUUCUUCUUGGGUGGGGACUCACACGGCGUCUCUGGACCUAAAGAUCUGAAACGGCAACCAUGAAGUUCACAGUCUUUCUGAGCGGAUUCCUGCUGCUCUUCCUGCGUCCCGACUGGGUAGAAAGCGUCGAAGGUGACGCCGUGGACAUCAACGCUCUCGCCCGUAUUAUCAACUUCAUCGAGCAGAACUAUAAGAGGGUCGACGGAGAUGGACAUCCUCGCCAGUACGCUACGGCCAUCAACGUGGAGAAGGAACAGUGCCAGCAGAACUUCAAUCCCACACAGAACAACUUCCUGACUCAAGAGGAUGCCAUGAAUGUGAAAAAUGCUAUCGCCGAUGAAACAAACGCACUUUACCAAGGUACGGAGCUCAUCGCCGCGGGAACCAAAAAGGUGGUAAUCAGUAAAAAGAAGCAGUACAACAUGCAUUCAGAGUCUAUGCUGCUGAAUCCUGCUGACAACUCGCCCAUGACCAAACUAUUGAAUAAAAGAAAGGACGGCUGCUCUGUUUUCUACUCCUUCGAGUCUCCUUGUGUCGACACGUGUCUGGACGCCACGGGCAGUCACAGCAUUUUGAAGGCCCUGGAGAACUGGAAAGAGCACGGCGGGGUUAAAGCUUUCGUCUUCAAGAACUUCUGGAAGUUCGACACUAAAAAGAUCUUCAGACCAAAUUCAAGCAGAUUGCGGCUCUCGUUCCCCUCUACCGCUGUGUGAGCGAGACGGAGUGCUAUGCUUGUAAAGUCGAAGGAAACGCUCCCAUGGACGCGCGCUGCCUGCCUCCGCCCGAAAACUGAAAUGUACACGGCCCCGUACGGAGAUGUUUUGAAAUCUAGCAUGCUUAGCGAUGUUUCUGUCUGUCGAAUAAAAUGUUUCUGUCUGUCUUGCAAA